CAUUGGACGUAAACAUGGAGGAGAGAGAGGCACUGAAAAGGCAGAUUGAACUUUUACAAGAUCUUAUCAAUAAGCAUAAGAGCGUCCAUGGAGAUGAACCAAUCACCGCAGCACAGCAGAGGCAACCUGAAGUUUCUACAGCAGCCAUAGGCAGAAGUUUCAGCACAUCUGUUUUCCAGCCUCAUAGCUCCCGAGGGAAGCCCUAUGCUCCUCAGAGCCGUGGAAGUUGGAAAAAAACGUACUCUCUGAGGAAUAAUGCCCCCCAGUCCUCCGGGCCACCUCCAUCAGGGGCCCCCUCCAAUCCCUUUCAUCCAUCAGCCUCCAAAUAUGGAGCUGGCAGCAUCCCUGCAACAACAUGCAGCAGAGAGAAUCAAACCAAUCUCACCAAAACUGUCACUUUAUUAUCAGGGAAUCUCACUCAGAAGAAAGAGGGAAUUGCUGGCAGGCUAAUGGGGGUGAGUGGAACAGCAACAGCACCUUCAAACACUUCUUUUGAAAAGCAAGGUUCAAGUUCAGGUGGAGCCAGUAUCCAUCAAAAUGCACCAAAGACUCAGGAAGGUCAUCAAAAGGCUGAAAACAGACUUGUCAUCCUGCCAGGAAAGAAAACAAGUGCUUCCUUUAAUGUUUCAUCUGUUGCUAAAACCAACACUUUAAUAAGUUCUCAGAAAAGGAUUCAGGUGCAGAACAAGCCUUCCCUGAGCAAUAAAGCCAGUCUAGAAACUUGCAGGACUAAAAAUUUUCAAGGUAUACCAACUCAGUCCAGUGAUCCCACCAGACCGGCUCUACUUUCUCCCUCUAAGGAAUCAAAACUCUCAUCCCAAACCCCACAAGAACAGGUUAAUGCACCCUCAGUACAAAAAUCUAAAUUCACCUGGGUGAAGAGCCAGACUGUAGAGCUGGAGCCGAAAGCAGUCAGCUCUGUUUCUGUACCAAUAAAAAAAGUUACUACUUCUCAGUUAUCGGCCCUUAAAGCUUCAGUUGGGAGUCCGUUAUCAGUUGCAUUAAAUAAGAAAACGCCUAAAAAGUUUCCUAGGAAACUCAGUCCUGUCAUGAUAGCACCUAAAACCUCAAAGUACAGAUGGGUUUCAUCCUCUGGAGUCCAACCCAAGACACAGCGCAAACCGUUGUCUCCCAAAGCCCUAACUGUUCCUCAGAAAGGCCUGGAGAGAAGAGAUGCUGCCAAGAAGCUUAAACCAGCCUCCACCCCCCCUACAAGACUGAAGAAGGGAAUCACAGCUUCCUCUGCCAGCUCAGCAGUUGUAAGCCGUUACCGUUGGAAGGCCGGAGGGUUAACAGCAGGGUCGCUGACAGGAACCGCAGCAGCCGGCAGCCAUAGAUCUGCCUUCCACUGGACGGCAGAGAAAAGCAACAAAGGGCUAAAGGUCGGACAUGUUUCUCCAACUUUAUCUCAAAGGGCUUACCUCCGCUCCUCCCCUGGUGGGUUCAAGCUCCGUAGCAGGAUGAAAAUCAUCAGGAAGUCUCCCUGCAGUGUCGUUUCAUCAGAGAAGGUGAGCAGUCUGGCUUCAGGAAAGCUUUCUCCACGUAGUCGCCUGCACACCAUCACCAGGAGCCCUGCAGGCCUUCGGAGGACACCUUCCAGGGAACUGGUCUGUUUUGGCAGACACAAGCUGAGGCGCCUCUCUCCUACCUCGUCAAAAAAUACUGUCUCUACAUCCCAUCUAAGCCCCGCCUCCAAGCGAGUGUUCAGGACACGCUACAAGAUAGUGACCCGUCCGGGUACCAGUGGUGUGCAGACUCCGCAGCACAACCCAGCGCUCACCUGGCGAGCAAGGAAGAUUCAGUCAGCAAG